UUGCCCGUGCAUUAUGUGAAACGUCAAACUGAAUUGAUGCUCAAUUUCACCAAUUUGAUCAAAAAGACCCUAUUCCUAAUUAUGUUACGUACGCGUCUCGGUUAUAGCUGCACCAACCACAGUCAUGUUGUUGCAAAUUGAAGUGCCAUCAUGUAGUGAACGAUGUGACAUUCUACACAAUGUUGUUACCACGUUCCAAGUGUAAAGCAGUAGGGGGCUGGUGAACAUGUAGGUUGUGAUAUAUAUAACUCAAGAUGUCAUUGAAAGGCACCAAGAGGGGAGCCGCAGUGCGUGGGGAGGAGGCAGGCGCUUCCAAGCGCCGCAGGACGGAGCCCGAGGACGCACUGUGGCAGCUCCGCCCAGUCAGUGACCUCAAGAUGUCAUCUAUUUAUAAUAGAAGUGCCUCAGAGGCACCAGCAGAACUAUUCAGGAAAGAUCUAAUCAGUGCUAUGAAGCUACCGGAUUCCGAGCCGCUGGCUUCAGGCGACUAUUGGAUCAUUACGGACACAUGGAAGCAGGAUUGGGAGCGGGGAGUCCAGGUGCCCGUGAAUCCAGACUCUCUGCCCGCUCCUAAAGUCAAGAUCAUUGACAAUCCGCUACCGCCUGACUUUCAAUCAUUCAAAUUGCCAAGGGACAAAUAUAUACACUUGGCCCGCGAUGCGCAUUACCAACCGGACAAACAUGUGGUCAGCUCGACCCCGGCACGCGCCGAGGCCUCGUGCAGCUACGACAUGGACGCCACAGACACGGCCUGGCUGCGUCUGCUCAACGCCGAACGUGCGCGCGCCGGCGCGUCGCCUGUCACAGAAGAUCAGUUCGAGAAGGUCAUCGAAGAACUCGAGAAGCGAACAUGGGACAAAAUCCAGGCGAUCCUGAAGUCCGAAGAGGGACUCGGGAUCGAGUACGACGAGAACGUCAUCUGCGACGUGUGCCGUUCGCCCGAGUCCGAAGAUGGCAACGAGAUGGUCUUCUGCGACUCAUGUAAUAUCUGCGUGCACCAGGCCUGCUACGGCAUCACUGUCAUCCCAGACGGACAAUGGCUGUGCAGGCCGUGUGGCAACGGCGUCCGGCCCACCUGCGUGCUCUGCCCCAAUCUGGGCGGCGCUAUGAAGUGCACGCCCUCUGGCCACAAGUGGGCCCACGUCUCAUGUGUGCUAUGGAUACCAGAAGUGUCCAUCGGUUGUGCGGAAAAAAUGGAACCUAUCACUAAAAUUUCCUCCAUACCAGCCUCGCGUUGGUCUCUAGUUUGCGUCUUAUGCCGCGAGCGUAAAGGAGCUUGUAUCCAGUGCUCCGUUAAAACUUGCAAGACUGCUUAUCAUGUUACUUGUGCAUUUAAACAUGGACUGGAAAUGCGUGCGAUAAUCGAAGACGAAAACGCCGACGACGGCGUCAAACUACGAUCCUAUUGUCAAAAGCAUAGUGUCAAUCCAAAAAAAGAAAAAUGUCCUGGCUCUGGUUCCGAGGAGGAGGAGGUCAAAAGAAAGCGACGGAAAGACAUGACUUCCGAGGAAAAAACGCAGGCUCGCGCAGCUCGUCUGCAUGAAGUCGAGGCAGAGUUCGACCGUCAUGUCACGGUGAAGGAUAUCAGCGCUCAUGUUCUUGAUGUCGAUCAAGAAGCUAUAAACUACAUUUACAAUUACUGGAAGCUGAAGCGGCGAGCGGGACAUAACCGACCGCUAUUGCCGCCCAAAUCAGACGACAAUGAACUACUUAUUCACAGACAAGAACAAGCGGAUCUCGAUAAAAUGAGAAUGUUUGUACAACUGCGGCAGGAUCUGGAGAGAGUAAGGAAUUUGUGCUAUAUGGUGAGCAGAAGAGAGAAGCUCUCUCGGUCAUUCUUUCGCAUGCGUGAACAAACGUUUCACAAACAAGUGGCGGUACUAACAGAAGACCCCUCUAUCACAGGGCCUGACUUGGCGGCUAUCAUUGAAGCUAACCACGGUCCGUCAAUUUAUGAUAGACUAUAUUCUCAUCCAAAUGCUCCUGAUCAUAAAAAUGAUUUCGACGAUUUAUUGGCUCGUAUUGCCCCGCCAGAUUCGGGCGAUGAAAAGAAGAAAGAUCGAAAUGGCCUUGUGAAGGGAGAAAAAUCUUCAAAUCCUUACAAGAAACAUUACGUAAAUGGAUCGCGUCGUAGCGGAGGCAUGUACAGUGGGUUGUCGAGUGAGGAGAGUGCUCCAGAGAUCAGUCGUUCCACACGGUAUCGUGGAAGAGCCAUCGGUUCUACCACUGACGAGGAUGGCAAGAAGUCUGGAAGCUCGCCAAAGAAAAAGGUGUCACCAAAGGCGAAAGGCAAAAGGUCUCCCAAGAAGAUUGAGAGAAAGAAAAAGAAAAUACCGCAGUCUAAAGCCCUAGUUGAAAGCAGUAGUGAAGAUGAAUCGAUACAAUCUAGAAUGAUGCAAGACAGAUCUCGGAGCAAGACAUUGCAACAGAUGGAGAAGGAGAUGGCGGCAGGUAAGACUGGUCAGUCGGGUACUGAUAGCGAUGAUCUUAUCCCCGUCAAGACGUCGAGAAAUAGUAAAUUCCCUGUUGAUAUUUAUUCGGAUAGCAGUGAUGACGUCUCUGCAAAGCCUGUAACAAUUGCAAAGUCUACGGACAAGAAGACAGACAAAGUCAAAGCAGAUAAAUCUAAACCGGAAAAGUCACCCAAUGACAAUGACGCUCAGCAACCUCUGCCUCGUACGAAGGCGGCUAUGAAGGAGUUUAUUCCAACUCAACCAGAAAAGAAGACACCUAACAAAGAAGAGCAAGAAAAACCGGCUCCUAAGAAACGAGGCCGAAAGCCAUCGAAUAAAGAAAAGAAGACACCAAUUAAAAGUAAUAACGAAUCUGACGAUGAAGCUAAGAACAAAGAAAACAUCAAAUUUACAAAACAAAAAGAUAACCCUACUGAUUUGAUAGUACCGCAACGACAGGCAGCAAAGAAAGCUUCAGAAAAUAUGCGCUCAACUACCGUUCCCAAAAAAGACGAAUUAGUUGUUGAGAAACAAGUCAGUGGUGACGACGCGAAACCCAAACCUAAGUUGAUAAAAACUAAAGGCAAAGAAGCUGCACCGGCUAAAGUAGGCCGUAAGAAAUCAUCUAAAGAUGUAGAGAAAGAACCGAUUGCCUACGUUCCGCAAAGGCAAGCAGCCAAGAAAGCGGCUGCACAUAUUAAAAGUGGUCUUGGCAGUAAAGCACCCGUGGUUGAAGCAUCAGAUGGGGAAAAGAAAAAGGACAACGACAAAAGUGAACCAUCUAAAUCAUCACCCAAGAAAGAAGAUAACAAAUCCAAUAAGAACUCUGAUAAAGAAAGCUCGAGCUCAUCGUCGAACUCAAGCAGUAGCAGCUAUUCCUCAACGUCAAGCUCAGAAGAGGAAGUUUCUGAGAAACCCGAAAUUAAACCUACAGCCAAAGCGCGGGAAAUUAAGCCCCUUUCCAGACAACCCUCUUUGUUCUCACCGCCUCAAACGACUGACAGACCUGAGAGACCUAGACCGACCGUGGACUUGCCCUUUCUCGACAAGGUGUCAAGGCCACUGUCUUCAACAAGUGCCUCGAGUGAUUCUGAGAGCUCUAAAGGGUCGCGUCAGUCGGGCUCUACCAGCCCCUAUCCUAAGAGACCACGGAGACGAAGAAAGGGCAAGAGUGUGUCCACAGAUACGUCCCCGCUCAAGACCCCUGACAAGAAGCUUAAAACUUCCGAACGGGGGUCCGAGUCAAGGGUACCAACACCGCCUGCUGAAGGAGAGGAACAGGGCCGACCCAGCGACACGCGUGCUGCCACGCGUACUCGGACCAGAAGCGCUACAUCAGGCGGAAAUCUCUCUAAUAAGCAUGAUGCCCGACAGAGAAAACCAUCUAAAGACGACACCGGUCUCGCCUCUGGACCAAAUAAGACUCCCAAAGAGAGCAGCAAGUCCAGUGAACUUCAAACUGCGGAGCGGAAAACGGACGAGGAGGUAAGGAUCGAAAAAGAUGGGAAAGAGAAAUCAGUCAGUACUGAUACCACUAAGAACGACAAGGCAAAAACUACCAAGACCAAGCUGCGCAGCACCGUCGUCGAAGAUAAAGAUAAAUCUAAAACAUCUGAAUUUGAAAGUUCUGUUACAAGGACCAGUCCACGAAAGAGUGCCGAAGCGAAACAUAAGAACGUGACUACCAGGCGCAUGAGUGUAAAAGAAGCACUAAAGGAAAAAUCUCCUCGAGAUGAAUCACGUGAAUCACUCGCUAAACAGAGAAAGCUGAGUAAGCAAGAUACCACACUUAAGGUGGACAGACCUAGCGUGUCCCCGGUAAAGAAGCCGAUCGCAACAGAAAAGCCGUCUAUGGCUUUCAUUGAUGCGGCAAGUCCUAUUCGCAUUAAUGAAGACUUUCCUGGAAGUGACAAACACUGGCUACCUAAAGCACCAAGUCCGAUCGUCCAUCCUCCGCCAGUGGAGAAACCUGGGGGACACGAGAAGUACAUGACUGAAGACAAAGCAUUCGACUCAGACUCCACUGACAAGAGCAGCUUGAGGAUGAUUGCAAAAAUUCAAGCUACCCUAAAUGAGAAUACUAUGAUAAAGUCUCCGAAGACGCCGAUGGACGCUCGGUCCAUCGAAACAAUUGAUAUAGAAAACCCUGUUGUCAGAAAUAUUAGAAAGCGUUCUGUUUUAGACUCUGAAAAGAAAUAUAUUACACAAGACGUGAGUACUCACGUACAGGGAGUGGAGAUAUCCAAAAGUGCUAAAAUACCAUCUGCUGUUAAUCCGUUCCCACAUAGAUCUAUGUUCUCACCUAAAGAUAACGAAAUUUUCGACUUGGACAUGGUGGCUGUCGACGACGGAUUCAACCACGACGAUAUUAUGAAGCCGUUCACUUCAUACCCUGAAUUCUUUUUCAAAGAAGAUUCUAAGGAGCAAGGCGUGCAGGAAACGCUUAAUUUAGUCGGCCGUCUCAGAAUGCAGCUGAGCACAAAGAAAGCUACAGAGAAUGCGUCUCAAGAAGAACCGCCUAUUACAAACGACGACAAGGAGCACAAAACACAAGAGGAGAAUACUACAUCCAUUUCCGAAAGCGCUGAGAAAGACGGCCCACCGCCUAAUAAGAAAUUUGCCGUUGACUUGUGUCACCGUGAGAUCCAAGCUGCUGCCAAUCAUAUACCGCGCACUGUCGCAUCACUUGACUUACCUCACAGUGAUCUUGCGGAAAAAUCAGAGAGACCCCUUGCCAUGUCUAGCAACGACAAGUGGCCGGAUCUUCCACCGUCACGCAACGAAUCUCCUAUUGAGAUGUCGGUUAGACGCAAUUUUACCGAUACUCGACCAUACGAAGAGAUUAAGGAACCCGCCACAACGCAAUCAGAUAUGCAAUCCGUCUCAGAGAUAGGUGAUACAAUAUCUUUGUCGAAGCAAAGCGAUGAUUCGCAAUCUUUAUCUGUUGUUGACCAUUCCGUGCCAAGUGUUGAAAAUGAUUUGACUCAAGACAAUACAACCUAUGAUAACAACAACUCGGUUGCUCAUUUAGAAUGCUCGACUAGAAUGUCAUCUCCUUAUACCGGUCACGAGAAAUGGCGCGAAAGUAAGAUAACGACGAGGAGAUCCUCCGCCUCGAGUACAAGCUCUGAGACUUCGGUAUGUUCUCAGAAAACUGAGUUGAAGUCACAUCUUCCUGACAGAAUUCCUGAUAUCGACUAUCCGCCUAUACCAGCAUACUCGUGUGCCGUAGAGCCCGCGUUGCCGUUAAACCAAUAUUCGACUUACCCGCCAGAAUCCCCGUUCUUGAAUGCGAUUAGCUCGCUACCGCUGUUUCCCGGCGCACCGCAGCUGCCGUCACCCGGACCCGGUCUUUACGCGCCUUUGCCUUUCGCCCCGACGCCGCUCAUACAGCCGCUAGCCAAACCGACGUUCCCAACACUGUGCGCUGCGUUCACGUCCUCCUCACAAAACAUUGCUCUCACCACUGCAAUGAUUGCGCCUCCGACGCCGAAACCUAUGGACUCUCCGAGUAGAGAUGAUAUUGACGUGACUGGAAGCGACAAGUUCUCUAUACACGUCGUGUCAAGUCCGAGCAUAAGCGUCGACUCAUUCAAUGAAAGCAGAGCGGCUACAAAGAUGUCGAAUGACAGUAGCGAGCCGCCACCGAGCAACGAGCCGCCACCGAGCAACGAGCCGCCGCCGAGUAAUGAGCCACUUGCAGAGGCCGUUGGCGAUCCGCCCACCGAACAUCCCAACGAAGCCACCAACGACAGCUCUAUCAACGGCUCCGCCAAUCAAGACAUGACACAACAUUCAAAUUCGCAAGAUUCAAAGUCUCCUCCUCUAAGACCCAAUAGGAGCUCUAGCAAAUUACCUGGAAAAUCCCCGGGCAAGAGUCCCGCUGGUAUUUCACCUAAACAAAGUGAUGGACCCAAGGGUUCAAAACACUCAAGUAAUAGAAGCAAUCGCGGCCAGAGAGGUCGUGGACGCUCCAAGAGCCGAGGUCAAGGAAUUCAUGGUUUUCCGCCAGUUGAUUACAUGGGUAAUUCCAUACAAAGCAAAUUGGUUGGCACAGUGUAUGAUUUCAAGGAAGAAUUCGCUAACGAUGGCGUCGAUCUCAAAGCGCUCCGAGAUAGACGUAAAUCCGUGGAUGUAAGAGACGACAGGAAAUCUGAACAUUCGUACAAAGACACCUCUCAAUCACCACGCGUCGUCAGCCCUUCACAAAGUAAAAAGCCUCCACCUGCAGAGGCAAAAGAAACGAAAGCUUGUACUCCAGAACUGGAGCGUGAUACGUCACCUGUCAGCAGGCCCGGCUCGGAGCGCGGCGGCAUUUCCCAAGUGCACCCCGUGUUGCCGGGUCCUGUCGACAUGCGCACUUAUCAGAGCCAAAAUCAACCAUUCGAGAACGCCACUCCGGCAACAGGUGACGCGUAUCACCACAGUAAUCUGAUAGCGUUUGCUAGCGGCUCUGCAGAACAACAAUUGGCAGCCCUUGACGAAGAAGUGGAAAAACAGCUUCAAACAGCCCUUAUGUUGACGAAACUGUCACCUGCACCCAUUCCCGUUAUAGAGACUAAAGAACCUGUCAAAGAAACAUUCACACCUCAUCUUAAGGUGUCGCUGUCGGACUCGCGAAACCAACUCAAGGUAAAGAUAAAAGGACCUUUCUUGGACGCCAACUACUCAGCGAGUUCUGCGCCGGUCGUUCCGCAGCCGCCUGCACCUGCACACUCGCAUGACGUUAAUCCUGGCAUGAUGAGUACGAGUGCUUCGACAGCCUCUUCCAUAAUGACAGGUUCCACUAACCUGCGGCGCAUGCGCAAGAAAGAACUUCUCCGGCAGUAUUGGACUCAAGAUAUGAACAUGGACGAUCCUACCAAUCCAAUAUCUGUGGGCGUUGUGCCACCACCAGCCGUGCCGCCGCCGCUUCCACGCGCUGUCAUUACCAUUCCUAAAGCCGUGGCCUCCAUGACUAGUAUUCCAACCCGAGAAGAUUAUAAAAUCACUGACACUGCGGUCGAAAAGAAAAAGCGUAAAACUACGAGCGGGCUCUCUAGGGAGCUAAGGCAUUUAGAAGUGAGUAUGAACGACGACGUAGACCCUUCGGACGAUGCUAAGUUGUCAUCUUUAGUCGGUACCUCGAGCCAGGCACACAAGAGACGCGGCCGCGGCUCCUCCAAACCGAGCAAGUCCACUACUUCCCCGGUGGCUCCUAAACUAAAAAUAAAGCUUGGCUCCAACAUUGUUGAGCAAGUAAAUGAAGAACCAGUCGUAUGCCAAUUUCGCCCACCCAAGAAGCGCUUGAUGGUGCCCGCACCGACGCCUAGUCUAGAGGACUUGCGCCGCGAGAGCAUGAAAUACAGAAAGAAGGUGAUGGCGGACUUCGAACACGAAAACCAAAACGAAGUCGAGGAGGAAAAGGAAGGUAAAGAGGAGCAGGAGGUGAAGAUGGAAAAUGAAGAGAUAGAAGAGAAAGAGGAGAAACUUUUGAAAUACGAUAAGCAUGAGAAACACGAGAAACCCGACAAACCGAAGAAACACAAACCUAAUAAAAGUGAAAAGCGUAAAAAGAAGAAGGACAAAAGAGCAGAAAAACUGCAAGUGGUUAAUAGUGAAAGUGAUAGUGUUACAAAACUGAUAAUAAAAAUUAAGCGCACGAAAGAGGAGGAGGCUGGCCGGGGCAGCGAGAGACGGGUAAGUGGGCCGAGCGGCGCGGCAGCUGCGGCGCCUGAGCCGCCUGUCGACCCCUUCGAGUACGACCCUACGGCACCUGACCCGCUCGCCAUUGAAUCCCCCUGCUACUCGGAAGCCUUUUCCACUAUGCGCAGGUUACGGACAGCCAAAGUGACGCCGAUCAGGUUAAAAAUCGCACGCUCCUCGGAAGGAUCUGGCUACGUGAUGAAGGGCGGCUGCGAGACCGUGUCUCUCGCGCCCGCUUCUGCCCCCGCCGCGCCAGAAAAGCCGCCCGAAGUGAGGUGAUAUAAACCGCGUAUCCGCUAUAGGGAAUAGACUAUUUUAUCUACCAUAGAACAAGAGUAAAAUCUCCUGCAUCUGUAUAGUAACUGUAACAUUUUAUUGAUAAUGUCUGUAUAUUUAAAAAAUAUGUAUAUUAAUAUUACCUUCUCUAUAAUUCACGUAGUUUAUUAUUUAUUUGUAUAAAAUGAAAGCUCAAUGAUUAACUUAAAAGUUACUCUUAGAUAUAGUUUAUAAUGAA